UUUGGUCGCGUUUUAUUCUCUCUAUAAAACACCAACCGUUUCUGGUCAUUGUCUCUGAGUCUCCUCGCUUUCCCUCCCAGCGAGAAAGUGAAAGAAACUUCAAACAGACCAACCCACGGCAACGAUUACAGUCAGGACUCAGGGACGACGACCUCAACACCGCGCUCUGUGGAGUGCUCAUGACGGCGAAAAGCCUAGACUCCGACCUCGAUCUUGCCUAUCACCUCCAAUUGCAAGAAGCCAUGACCGCCUCCCUCGUGAACGAUAUCAUCAACAUCCCCGAUGAGGAAUGGGAAAGCGAUAUCGUCGACAUCUCCGAUGAGGAAGGGGAAAACGAUAUCAUCAACAUCCCCGAUGAGGAAUGGGAAGUCACUCUGCACAAUUACCGCCGUCCGUACGAAAGCACAGACCCUUCGUCUUCAUCUUCGUCGGCCGCUUUGGUUGAGACCGAAUGUUUCAGGUUGUACUUCAUGGGGUUUUUGAGCGAAGAGAGCGUUAGGGAUACGAAGGUCACCGUGGCCGGAGCAGGGGUCGCGAUUUGCGAUUCGAGGGAUAAUCUGAUCUUGGAGGUGAGGAAGAAUCUGGAGGCAUUGGUGGAUGUUCAAACGGUGACGUAUGAAAUUGCUGAGCUGGAGGCUCUGAUCGAAGGGCUUAAUGAAGCUCUCAGAUUGGAUUUGAAAAGGCUCACCUUUUUCUGUGAUGACUACAUGCUUUACCAAAAUAUUACAGGUAGAGCACCUCCACGACAUAGUAAGAUUGCAACAUUGGUGAAUCAGGUGGCUCUUCUCCGAAGAAAAUUUACAUACUGCAACCCGUCUCUUCUGGCACGUAAUGAUGUUAAGUUUGCAAUUAAAUCUGCAAGAGGUGCUAUAGUUUCUCAAAUUACCUGUUUGAAGGAGACAUGUGUGAUAUGUUUUGAAGAUACAGGUGCUGAUAAAAUGUUCUCAGUUGAUGGUUGCCAGCACAGGUAUUGCUUCUCUUGUAUGAAACAACAUGUGGAGGCCAAGUUUCUUAAUGGGAUGAUGGCAAAGUGCCCUCAUGAAGGCUGUAAGUCUGAGGUUAAUAUUGAUAGUUGUGGAAAAUUCUUGGCACCCAAGAUGGUGGAGGUGAUGAGUCAAAGAAUGAAAGAAUCUUCUAUUCCUGUUACAGAGAAAGUUUAUUGCCCAUAUCCCAGGUGCUCGGCAUUAAUGUCAAAAAGUGAGAUUUUACAAUAUAAUAAGACUAUAAAUGCUGCUGCUGAAGAAACUGGAGUAAGAAAAUGCAUGAAAUGUCAUCUCUUAUUCUGUAUCAAUUGCAAAAUCCCUUGGCAUUCUAAUCUGACCUGCUAUGAUUACAAACGAUCAAAUCCUUAUUCACAUUCAGAAUAUGCAAAGCUCCAGUCUCUUGCAGAGGCAAAACGUUGGCGCCAGUGUGUUAAGUGCAACAACAUAGUUGAACUAGCUGGAGGUUGCUACCACAUCACUUGCAGAUGUGGGUAUGAGUUUUGCUACACAUGUGGUGCUGAGUGGAAGAACAAGAAAGCAACAUGCUCCUGUCGAAUCUGGGACGAGCAUUACAUUAUACGAGGAGGAUGAAUAUAAGGAGUAUGCUGACUAAGAUCAUCAUGAUAAGUCUGUAUCUAUUUCUCUCCCCCCUUCCCCUCUAAUUUAUUUUUGGUUUUGCUUUGGGAAAAACAAAAUAAAAUAAAAUAAAAUGAAAUUUAUCUUUCUGCUAA